AGCUUUUACGCUCCGCUUGCGCUGAUUUGGGAUUCACGAAAGCAGCUACGCUGAACGCGCUCUCGGCGUGUAGCGGUAACAUUAGCUAUUCGACGCAAUGGUAGCUUACUGGCACUAUGCAAGCUUGGAAAUCGUUUGAACCUCUGUUUCUGAGGACCCAGGUUUGAAUCACCAUCAAGGUUAAAUAAGAUGGCGCACUUGGACCUGGGAAGCGUAGUGCUUCGGCGGAUGAGAGAGGAGGAUAUUGAGGCUGUAAAGGCUCUUAUCAAGCAAGGAUGCGAAGGGAUGGAGAACCGCCUCAUCCUGCACCUCCUUACUAGACCACUGGCGGUUCUCUUGCUCGCAACAGUCUCCUCUGUGCUUCGCUUUGUAGUGCACUCCUUUAUGCUAGCUCUGUUUAUCCCAGUUUUCCUUCUCAUUGUAUACCUCAAGCUGACCAUCCCACGGUCCAUGGGCAUCCUGGGAUCCAGCAGACCCUACUGGGACUACCUGGGCAGCAGCUACCAGGCUAGGUCAGAGCCAGACCUUCACAACCCACAUGCAGCCAAAGCCAAGCUUGUCACUGACCAGGAAAAAGCCAAACGUCGCAAGAAAGCCAAAGAAAAGUAUAAGAGCAAAGAGGCAGAGAAAGGGAAGGAUGAAGACAGAGAAAAGGUGGAUGAAGAUGAUCUAAAGGAAAGGGCACGUGUCGCAGGGGAAGUUUGGGUCGCAGAGAACGAUGGCGAGGUGCUGGGCUGUGUUGCGCGUGAUGGUUGGAGCCGCCAUGGUGUGUUCCGGAUCUGUAGGCUGGUAGUGCAGAGCUGGUACCGUAGAGAAGGGCUGGGCAGGCUGCUAGUCCAGAGCCUGGAGUCCAGAGCCAAGCACAGCGGAGUGUGCCGGGUCUAUGCUCAUGUGCCCUUCCCUUCCAAAGUAGGAGAGGCUUUCUUCAGAAAACUGGGCUACCGGCUCCAGGGAGAGACUUCUGGGGUGGAAGGUGAAGAGGAGGAGGAUUACGAGGAGCCAGGAAAAGGCUGGUUAGGCUUUCCAGUGACAAAGGUGUUUGUUAAAGACUUAGGGGUAUGAGUAGGCACAUUUUUUUUUGUAACUACAUCUGUACUUGAAAUCAUGCAAUUGUUACAUAAUUUGUGACUGACGUAGUUUCCAGAAUUUCUGUAAAAUCAAAACACAGUGAAAACCCACAACCUCUUCAUUUAAAAUUACAAUAUUUAUUUAUAUUGUUUAUUUAUUGUAUUGUUGUUUUUUGCUUAUUUUUUUCCUUUCACUCUAUUAAAUUUAUUUGAAAAAUUCA